AUGCCCCCACGACAAUACCUCAGCCAUGGUGUCCGCACCAGUCAUCCCACCCACUCGUCCAAGACCACCACCAGGCGCCGCUCGAACGGCGCCCACACCACCGAUCCUGGACCCCUCGCUGACCCCGUCCCCAUCGAAGAGUUCCCCCCACCGGCAUGGCGGACAGUUCUGAACUCGCGCGCAGACCUUGGUAAGCUCAGGACCACCUCCCAAACGACCUCGCCCCCCCUCUUCUCGGCUACCCGAGCCACCCACCGAGCGUCAGACACUAACCGCCUUCCAACAGGUUACCCCGACUUCUACCCAUCCAGACCCGGAUACGGGCAGCCAGAAGAUGAGCUGCCAGAGUCGUUCGUCAAGAGCGGCUUCUCCUCCAAGGCCGCCGUCAAUGUGACGGCCGAGAGUUUCUCGAUGCAUGGCCCCGUGUUCCAGCAGCUCCAGUCUGGAGGACUCGAGAAGCUCAUGGAGCUCGGCCAGCAGAUCAUCGAGCAGCGCAAUGCCUCUAUGCCUACUUUCUCAGAACGAGUAUUCCGCAUCCCGGUGCGAGUAACCUACAAUGACGCGAAGAGACUCCAGUUUCUUGCAGAGUUAGCGAACCCCGCCAUCCCCCUGACGCGACUGAUGCGCACCCCCGUUCCGCACGGGUUCAAAGGAGUCGAUCUGCUCGAGACGAUGUUUUGCCCUCCGCAGCCGACGGUCCGGCCAACGCCCGGCGCUGCGGCGCAGGGACCGAAACCUCCGUCGGACCCGAUCCCCAUCGAUCGAGCACUCUGGUUCAUCCGCGUCCUCGGCGCAAACGAGAUCACGACGCAUCGCGGACGAGCGCAGCCCGCAACCGUCGGCGUGCAGGCUCCGUCACCCGUGGCCGCGACGCCGAGCUCGACUGCUACGGCGCCACCUUCCGCUGCCCCGCUCAACAGCAACGACUGGUACACCGGCGAGUUCACGAAUGCGUUCACGGCCUGGCUCCGGAUUCAGCUGGGACAACUCGUCCUCCCCGCCCGCCCGGCCAAGGCGGGCGCGCCGCCACCACCGAAAGCUCCUGCCGGCGUGCUGGGCGACGAAAAGAGCAAAGCCCGUUGGCUCGCCAAGUGGCAGUACUCGAACCAGCUCCUGCACCAGUUGUACCGGAAACGGCUGAUCUCGCCGCGGCUGCUCGUGCAGUGGCUCAGUGACUUCCUCGGAACGGCCAACCUCGCGCAGCUCGGCUUUGUCUCGCAGCUGAUCCACGACAACCUCGUCGAUGUCGCCGAGUACGUCGUUGUCGGGCGGCAUUGCGUGCGCGCUGCAUGCGCAAAGAUCGACGAGAUUCGAGCAUCUCCUGCCCGAGCGACCAUGUCCAAGGUCGAGCAGUUACUUAUCAACAUUGUCCAGGUGUUGUAUGACAGCAACCCCGAGGUGAUCCUGAGUCCGGCAACUUGGACGCGGCACUCUGCGCGGCUGUCCGAGCUGCUCGAUUCGACGACACCGACGUUCCAGGAUUUGACGCGGCGAAAUGAGGCACUCGUCGCUGUACCGCCCGUUGUCGACGCCGGGGCCAGCCCACGACGACAGCAAAUGGUGGAGGUGAACAAGCUCGACUCGAUCGCAGCCGAGACGGACAUGGCGGCACUGUGCAAAUCCUACUUCAAUGGGGCUUGUGCUCCGACGUCUCCCAAGAUCGACCUCGCCAAGCUCGAGGAGAAGGUCUUCAUCCUCGUCAACUGGGCCAUGGGCCUGUAUCAGCUCGGAAUACACCGGCCGUACGCCGUGUACACGUUGCUAAAGAAGUGGCAAGAGUGGCACGAGGAGCAGCGUUCGGAGCCGUUCGACUUCUUCGACAUCCUGUACAAAUGGCUCGACACGAGUGCCGCCGCGCAGCGGCCGGACAACGUACUCGCGAUCGGCAUCGCGUUCGGCGAGAUGACGCGCCAGGGCAUGUUCUCCUACGGCCGGUAUAUCCGCAAACUGAUCGCGGUCGGACACAGCCCAAGGAACCACACGGGACCGCCGUCGCACCACCUCGAGCUGCUCCGCGCCAUGCCUAUCUUUGUCGAGUCGAAGGAGCUGUGCGUCCAACGCCGCCUGAUCCUCAGCGGCGACUCGGAUCCACGAGAACGAGAGCGUGGACAGGCCGAGGAAGACGCGGCGCUCGAGAGCUUCAAGCAGGAGCUCAAGGAGUAUGUUCCCGAGAUCUUUGGGCUGAAGCGUUAUGGACGCAGUGCCACGUUCAAGGAACAGAUCGACUAUCAGCUCCCCUCGGCCGCGAGUUUGAACCGGUACGAGUUUGUGCAGACGCGGUUCUGGAUGUUUGCUGCGGCCGUGAACGCUUUCAAAAGACAAGGCCCGCAACCGGCAAUGAGCGCCAGCACGUUUGCGCGCAUCAUCAACGUGUUCAACCAGUGCUGGGCCUACUCCACGACUACUGACGGCAUCGUAGGGACAGAAGACGAGGAGAUUCUCUUGAUUAUCCUGGACGCGAUCAAGCGCCACGCCGACGUUUGGACGUGCAUCGACCGCUGGAAUGAGAUCACCACCGCACUCAUGGAGCGUUUCCGCGUCAUGCAGCGCAAGGGGCGGUUCUUCCCUCCGCUCGCUGCUGUUCUGUUGAUGCUCGCGCAGCACAACCGUGUUCCGCCCAACGCCGAGGAGGAGGUCCGCGCGGCGAGCGAGGCGCACCGUCACAAGUCGCCCGCGACGCCCGCCUUCCCCGUAGACCUGGAUCAGAGCCUGCAGGGGCUGAAGCAAAUCAUCAUGUCUGGAGACGCGGCAAAGGCUUCUGCCCUGUCGUCCAAGAUGUUCACGCGCCACGGCAAAUUCUCCGCAUGGUCGGAGAAGUGGUGGGCUGCCAUCAUCGAGGCCGUCCAAUCUGCCGACAACAGCAAGGCGGACGCUAUCAUGGCCGCUGUCGCGCAUAUCUGUGAGGUGGAGGAUGUCGCAGGCGACGGCUCGCUGCGGCCAGUCGUCGCUGCGUGGUUAGACACGCUCGUCGUCGCCACGAGGCUCGAGGUGUUCGGUCGCCGAAACGUACCCCCUGUCGUACGUCUGCUUCUCCAGCUUGUUGUCAAUCGACGCCUCGGAUCCGCCGUGCUCCUGGAGCGCCUCGUCUUCCCCGAGCUCAAGCACGCAGCCACCCUCGCCUCUGCCGCCCACCCGCGCCUCGGGACGAAGCGGACGCACGCCAUCGACUGGGCGGUCACGAUGACUCAGCAACUGCUCCUGUGCACGGCGCACAAGACCCUGCCUCCCCAGAACCUGCGCGAGGCGUACAUUGUUCAGACUGCGCGUGCCGCCGUCUUCCACGCGAGUAAGGUCGAGGGCCUGAUCUCGCACCUCCCCGUCCUUGUUGUGUUGGAGCGCUCCAAGGUCGUACCCGAGAAGAUCCGGACGCAGAUCGGGGAGAUUUUCCGCGGCCUCGCGGCGCUGCCGCAGUUCAAGACGGCGGCCUUCCGCAACCUCGACGGACUGAAGGACUCGUUCCUGUCCAACGACUGGAUCAAGCGCACGAGCGACUCGUCGCUCGAAACGGGCAUGGUGGAGGGUCUGAAGCUCAUGAUGUCGGACAGUACGACGCGGGACAAAUCGUCUACGAGCCUGGCGAUCGAGCGCGGGGCGCGCUACAGCGCCUGGCGCUGGACGAGGGUUGUGCUCGAGAUGCGUGUCGAGUUCAAGCGGCUCACGAUGCGGAUCACGAACAAUGACGAACCCGUCGAGGCGCGCCAGCAGAUUGCGCGUAUCGUCCGUUCAUCUCUGGACCGCGAGGCGAGUCCGGACGACAUGGAUUUGCUCGUCGAGGCGUUCCGCGGCGCAGACAGUGUCGUUGCGCAGGAGAUUCUCUCAGUUGGGCUGGACCGCCUCAGCGUGCUCCUGUCCCAACUCCUCAGCGCUGAGAAUCAGCACCAGGUCGAGGACACGGCGGCGGCGGUCGACCAGGUCCUCCGCGUCAUCCGUAGCGCGGGACGGCAGGAGAGACUCGAGGUCGCCACUGCGGCGGCGCGAGACCGGCUCUUCAACCUCCUCACUGUCGCUUUCCAGAGCAUCGAGCGACAGGUUACGUCCGAAGACGACGUGCAGCUCCUUCCCGGUGCCAAGCCCGCCGAGCCCGGCAGCGUGCUCCAGGUCGUGUUCAAGCUGCUUCGCUUCGCACUCGCCCUUCCCUCCCAGGACACCAUCGUCACUGCCGCCCCGCGGCCCGACUAUGCCCAGCUCGACACGGCAUUCCUGCACCUUGCGGUGGCCCUCAGCGGUAGGUCGCAGGAGGUGUUCACGGACCUGGACACGAUGCGCGACCUGCUCAUCUACCUCGUGGAUUCUACGCCAACCUCGUCCCAGGCAGCAGUGUACCAGGCGCUGUCGUACGAGAUGUCGACGAGCGCAGUGCAGGACCUGCUGACUGCGCACCCUUCUUUCGCGUCUGCUCUGCCUCGCCCACCGCCAACGUUCCGCGCCAUGGCGCUGAGCGGGAGCCACGUCGCCGAGUCGGAGGGCAUUGCUCUCGACGACCGGCCCUGGGAGAUGAUGGAGCACCUGACGCCGCUCGAGACGCCGUCGCACGUCGACGUCUUCCUCUCCUCGAAGCCGCUUAAGGACACGGCCUCGAUCCCCAUCGCCCUCUUCCGCCCCCAGCUGACGAGGGACGAGGUGCCCGUCCUCUCCACGUCCCCGGAACCUUGGGACUAUGCCUCGUCCGAACGCAACCUCGGCAACGGCAGCGCGGGCGAGCCCAUCAGCGCCCGCCAGAUGGCGACCAUCCUCUACGCGCCCGCGCCGGCGGAGGAGGAACCGACUGCCCCCGCCGCUCCAAAGCGGGCGAGGAACGCAACCCCCGUCAGCGUCAAGGGCACGGGGACGACGACGGACCCCAUCGACAUCUUGGAAAGUAGCGAGGAGGACGAGCCGCUGCAGAAGAAGCCCCGCACGGCAGCGGCAGCAGGCAAGACGACCCGCGCCAGCACGGCAGGCAAGGCGCCGCGCAAGGCCGCGCCGGCCAAGAAGGCGCCCGCGAAGGCACCAGCCAAAGCGCCGGCGAAGACGACGGCGGCCAAGAGCAAGACGACGGCGACGGCCAAGAGACGCAGGAGCGGCGGGGCAGAGUAA